UCAAAAAAGUGACGUUUCCGAAAGACGAUUCGAUAAAAAAUUUUCCUUCUUUUCGGGAAAAACUUAUUUUAAUAUUUUCCACAAUAUUAAAUAGGCUUUUCCAUAACUCACAUAAUAGCAAAUAUAUAAUAUUCUGUGUGCAUGCUAUUGUUUAAAUAAGAAAUUGCAAUUUGAAAGAAAAGAAAAAAAAAUAGAUAUAACAUUCUACAUUGAAAUUGGGUAGUCAAUAGAAGAGAUUUUUCAAAUCUAUAAGAAGGGAAAAAAAAAAUACUACCACAAGUCUCACAAAAGUCGGUUGGAAUUCAUUAUUGAGACACACACAAUUCGAAUUCGGAGUCGCAAUCUGAAGAAGCGGCACAAAGCUAUUCUCCCCAACUCUCCGGAGCGGAAGUGAAUAGUUGACGACCGACUUUAUAGCAAUCCCACAUCACUCACAAAUCAAAUACCCCUUAGUCUCGAAAUCGAGAGUAGAAAAGACAGGGGGAGAACAAGAACUUGCUAAAGAGAAAUGAGUGCUGCUGUUGACCCGUGGGUAAUAACCCAACGGGAAAAAGUCAAAUAUCAGGAGCAAUUUAAGGCAUUGCAACCACAAAAUGGGUAUGUGACCGGUACCCAGGCAAAAGGUUUCUUUUUGCAAUCACAAUUGCCACCGCUUAUCUUGGGUCAAAUAUGGGCUCUUGCCGAUACCGAUUCCGAUGGAAAGAUGAAUAUCAAUGAAUUCAGCAUAGCAUGUAAGCUAAUUUAUUUGAAGCUUCGUGGGCUCGAAAUCCCAAAAGCCCUUCCACCAACUUUGUUGGCAUCUUUGUCAUCAGCUGUUGGCACUCCAUCAAUAACACCCACUGGUAGUUUGAGCCCCAUGGACCAAGUGAAAUCAGUUGCCACUCCGAUACCCAUUCAAGGAGCAGUAGUAAUGCCGCAAGUAGCACCAGUAGCUGCAAUGCCAACUGUAAUGCCAGUUAUGGCUCCACCAGGAAUGACUCCAAUUGUUCCCGGAGUUCCAGUUGUACCUGGAGUCUUGCCAGCCAUGAUACCAGGGCAAGGAGUUAUUCCAACUAAUAUGCAUGUCGCCGCAGGAAUGCCAAUAGCACAACAACAAAUUCCACCACUUAUUGCACCAGCACCUGGUGUACCUCGUGGAAUUGUACCAGUGGGAGCUGCACCACAAAUAAUUCCAGGCAAAAUUACGUCGCCACCCACCGCAGACGCCAGCGUAUUGCCAGCACCACCAACACCUCCACAAAGCAAUCCACCAUCUAGACACAUGUCAAUAUCUGAGAGAGCACCAUCAAUUGAGUCACCACAAGUUGAUUGGGCCAUCAAAGGACCAGCUAAACUUAAAUACACUCAAGUCUUCAAUUCUACAGAUCGUUCACGUUCUGGCUUCUUGACCGGCGUUCAAGCACGUGGCAUUUUAGUACAGAGUAAAUUAUCUCAAGCAGUUCUCGCUCAAAUAUGGACCCUAUCCGAUUUAGAUUGUGAUGGUCGUCUUAGUUGUGAAGAAUUUAUUCUAGCUAUGUAUUUGUGUGACAAAGCAAUGUCUGGCGAAAAGAUUCCAGUUACUCUGCCACCAGAUCUGAUUCCGCCAAGUUUCAGAAAAGUCACUUCAAGACAUGGCUCCAUAUCGGGAUCCAGGCAGGGAUCUUUGCCUGGAUCACGGCAUGCUUCGAUUUCUUCUCAAGGAGCUGUUGAUGCUGAUCCACUGGCUGGACUACCACAAACAUCAUUUGAAGACAAGCGCAAAGAGAACUUUGACAAGGGUCAAGCUGAAUUAGAACGUCGACGCAAGUUGCUAAUGGAGCAACAAAGAAAAGAACAUGAAGAGCGUGAGCGAAAAGAACGUGAAGAAAUUGAAAAAAGAGAAAAAGCUCGCUUGGAAGCCGAGAAGAAACAACAAGAAGAACUCGAACGACAAUUACAAAAACAACGUGAAAUCGAAAUGGAAAAAGAAGAGCAACGUAAAAGAACUCUUGAAGCUAAAGAAGCUGCACGAAAGGAACUUGAGAAGCAACGUCAACAAGAAUGGGAACAACAACGAAUUGCUGAAAUGCAAGCACAAAAAGAACGUGAGCAAGAAAAAGUUCUUAAACAAAAAGCUCACAAUCAAACACUAAAUGUUGAACUGAGCACUUUAAAUGAAAAGAUUAAAGAUUUAUCACAGAAAAUAUGUGAUACACGAGCUGGUGUUACAAAUGUAAAAUCUAUAAUCGAUGGCAUGCGUUCAACUAGAGAUACACAAAUGUCUGAAAUGAGUCAGCUUAAGGCCAGAAUAAAAGAGCAGAAUCAAAAGUUGUUGCAACUCACCCAAGAAAGAGCUAAAUGGGAUGCUAAGACUAAAUCAGGACAAUACACAGAGGCAGCACAUCAAGAACAAAUGAAUGCUGCCUUUGCUAAUAAACAGAUUAAUAUUAAAGCAUUAAAAGGAAAACUCGAAAAUAUUUGCCAGGAAAUUGAGUCCAAAAAGGAAGAUAUCAAUUCCAAUGAUAUUCAACUAACAGAAACAAAGGCUGAGCUGAAAGAAUUAAUAACAAAGUUCGAGGAAUUGUACGCUAAUUAUGAUAAACAGCGAAACCAAGUGCUCGAAAUGAAGCACAAUAAACGCAAUGAAACAUAUUCAACAUCAAAUGCAUGGGAAGCAGCACCAACAUCUGCAUGGGGUGCUACCGAAACCAUUCCAGAGCCAGCUGUUGUUUCUGAUGUUGAUACAUCAGCACCAGCUCCGGAAGGAUUUGUCAAAUAUCGUGCAAUUUAUGAAUUUAGUGCUCGAAAUACGGAUGAGAUUUCAUUUGUACCCGGUGACAUUGUACUGGUGCCGCUGGAACAGAAUGCCGAACCUGGAUGGUUAGCUGGGGAAAUUAAUGGACACACCGGCUGGUUCCCAGAAACUUAUGUGGAAAAGCUUGAUAUUGUCGAAACAUCUGCCCCUAUUUCUAGUUAUAAUGCUCAGGAUACAUUUAAUGACAAUAACCAACAGUUUAGUAACUAUAUUGAUCCUGCCUCAACGACAAUACCAGAACCAGAAGAGAUUAAAGCCGAAGAGCCAUCUGUUGAAACUUUUAACGGCGAUGUAGAAUAUUACAUUGCAGCGUAUCCUUAUGAAUCUGCCGAAGCUGGAGAUUUAAGCUUCACAGCUGGUGAAAUGAUAAUUGUGACGAAAAAGGAAGGCGAUUGGUGGACAGGGACAAUAGGCAGCAGAACAGGAAUGUUCCCAUCGAAUUAUGUACAAAAGGCUGACGUUGGAACGACUGCAGCAGUUACACCUGCUGCGGCGGCAACCAUUGAUUCCUACAAUGAAGAACAACAAAUGGAUAAUAACGUAAAUGGUAAUGCUCAAGCUGAACCUCUAACAGAAAUUCCAGAAGAGCCAGUACAACAACACAAAAUAACCAGCGAGGUGCAGCAAUAUUCUGAACAAAAUGAUUUAGAUUCGAAGCAAACACCUGCUACUGUUGCUGCUGCUGCUACAACUCAUGAUGCUAUUGAUGAGUCCCGGACACAAGAGGAACUUGAUACGGAGGUCUCUCAGAUUAAUACACAGCAAAAGAGUAUUGAACAUUCGGAUUCGUUCAGUCGGCCCAUGUCAAGAACAUCAUCCAUGACACCUGGAAUGCGAGCCAAACGAGGUGAAAUUGCACAAGUUAUUGCUCCAUAUGAAGCAACAAGUAGUGAGCAGCUCUCAUUGCAAAGGGGCCAGCUUAUUAUGGUGCGCAAAAAAACCGACUCCGGCUGGUGGGAGGGUGAAUUACAAGCUAAGGGACGACGACGCCAAAUCGGAUGGUUCCCAGCGUCUUAUGUCAAAAUUCUUCAAGGUGGACGCAACAGUGGACGCAACACACCUGUCUCUGGUAGUCGCGUUGAAAUGGCUGAAACUAUUUUAGACAAAGUCAUAGCCUUGUAUGCUUAUAAAGCCCAAAAUGAUGACGAGCUUUCAUUUGACAAAGAUGACAUAAUAAGUGUAUUGGGUCGAGAUGAGCCCGAUUGGUGGCGCGGUGAAUUGAAUGGAUUGUCUGGAUUGUUCCCCAGCAAUUAUGUUGGACCAUUUGUUUCAUCGGGUAACGUAUAACGAGUAUAUGGUUAAAAAAAGGUAUUAAUUAAACAGCAGCGUAUAAAAAUUGAAUUCAUAAUGUUGUUACUGUAGUAAAUUGAAAAUAAUAAAUACAUAUUAAGAAACAAAAAAUUAAAUAAAACAAAAAACAAAAUAAUUACAUACAUUAGAGUUUAGUUAACGAAACUUUGCGUAGAUUAUUCCAAAUCGUUUUAUUUUUUAAGUUAAAGAUUAUAUAGUUUCGUUAAAAAAAUAAAUAAACACUAAAAUGAUGUUCGAAAAAAAAGAAAAAAAAAUGUUUUUAAAACGUAGAUCAAUUUUUUAUGUUUAAUUUAUAAAGAAAAAUAAAAAAAAGUUAUAUUUACAGUUUCUUAUUUAAAAAAAAAAAAACAAAUAUUAAAAUUAAAAACAAAAAAUUAACUAAAAGUAUUAAAAUAUGAAACAAUUAAAAAAUAUAAUAAUGUAUUAGAUAUCUCCACAUUUCUGUUUAUCAAAAUUAAUAUAAAAAACUUUAAAAGAAUUUUCGGGUUCUUUGAAUUGUAAAACAUUCUAAAUUGGUCUUAUUGUGUAUGAAACCGAAUUAUGUACAUGUUAAAACAUUAAAAAAUGGCAUGUCUACUUAAAUGUAUUCAGUAAAUUACCUAACACUAAAAAACCAUUUCCAUAAUCCUACAUAUUAAGAAUUCCGCACAAUUAAAGUUAAGAUCAAUAAUUCUUUUUGAGCUUGAUAUAAUUUAAGCCUGCUUUUCCAAAAAGGUAUUUUUUGGUUUUUUUUUUAGUUUGAUUCAAUACAAGAAGUUUAUGGUAAACUUUGAUCGUUUUGCUUCUUAGGAUUGAUUAUUAUAUGUGAUUUUCUACUAACAGACCAUUUGCAAUAACGAAUAAAGAGGACAUAAAUACUUUAUAAAAAGGGAAUGCACUCUUAAAAAUGGUUUAAAACUUUGUUCAAAUACAGCUGCGAUAUGUCGCAGGGUUCAAAGUAAAACUUAUUUAGCCACGCAAGCUGUUAAACGCUGCUUUUUAUAAGAAAUUAAACAUGUUAAGCUUUGCUAGCCGACAGCGUUCGUUACCAAUUACGAUCACACUUUAACGUAUUGACGCUAAAUGUCUCUAUCUUUUUCGACUGAUUAAAUAAAGACAGCAAUAGUCAAAACGUUAACGAAAGAUCGGAAUCGUAUCCCGUAAUUCCAUUUUCCAGACUAAUUCCUAAUAAGUUUUUGUAUGCAUUUGAUGAAUAAUUGAAGAAAUUAUUUGAAUAAAAAAGGAUUAAUGCUAAAUUAGUUAAAAAGACGGCAAAGUACCUACUGUCCUGUAGUACAAAUAUUGAAGUGGACGCAGUAACAAAAACGGACUGUCUACGUCUAGUGUCUACUCUAAAGGAGGGCGGAUGGUCACCGCAUCUAUAGCUGACUCGUACAAUCGCUUAGGAUAUUUAACUAGGUUUUGAAAAUGCAGGAACUUAGCUGCCGCUUCAAAGACUCAAUAUUUCAGCUGGCCAAUCAUCCGGUAGUAUGAAAUCGGUUAGGUUUUUUUUUUUUAGCUAUUGUUGAUUGGUUUUUGCUUUAUAAUCUGUAGCAAAUUUUUUAUUGGAAUGUUCAUUUCUUGUUUGCAAGAGACUUAACAACGCUAUUCAAAGCAGUGGUUAAGAACAUUUUUCUAGAUACUUGAUAACUUUUUAACAAAAAUGGAGGGCGGAGUCCUCACGCAACGUGGACGGCCGAAUCUUUGACGGCUAUGGAGUACCAGUUCCAAUAUCUUUGAAUAACUUAAUAAAAAAGCAUACAAUCCACGGGUUAAAUAACGGCUUACAUUUAAAGAGUGAAACUAGAGGUUGAGUUAAGAAAAUUGCAUUUAAAAUCGUAUUUGUGUCGACUAAUUAGUAACACUCUGUACUACAGUCUUAUUCAUCUAUGCGUUGUGUACAAUUGUUGGAAGAUAGUGAUAUUUUCGUCAAAGUGAAUACUAUGAAUCCUUUUAAUAACUCUUGUGUAACGUACUCGCUGUUUUAAUACAAGCUCCCUGCUUACCAAGGCUUAGAAGGGUUCGGCCAGUUGGAGUAAAUCUGUGUAUAACAUACUCGCUGCACUACUGACUUACUAAUUAAUAAGAAAGGCCUUUUUUUUAACGCAUUAAGUUGUCCAUUGAUUAUUAUAUAGGAAUCAUACACAAGUGCUGUGACGGUGAGUUGAGGCUGCGGUAUCUUGGGAACGUAGGAGCCUUUUAGCCUCACAGCACAAGUGCUUGAAUUUAACAGUAGUAGAUGCAGCGUAACAGCAUUUGUGUAUGAUUCCUUUAGAAUCAAAUGGCGUCAAAAAAGCUUGUGAGCACCUAGCCCAACAGUAUCUUACUUAUGUAUGUGUUUGCAAACACCAAAUGUUUUACCUCAAAUCUAGGUGAAUAUGCUACUGAUUUUCAAAAUUGGGCAAUUUAAAAGCGUUGUUCAAGUGUGAGUUUGUCAAUGAGUGUUUAUGCCUGGUGCUCACACACUUUUUUUUAAGCAAGACACCGCAUCAAUAAAGCUGCGGUAACCGAGCGGUGUUUUUUCCCGCAGCGUCACCGCAAAGAGUAUAUGCAUUCUCAAUUUUUUCGAAACAUAAGGCAGCCAUUUUAUUCUUACAGAAAUCACACCAAGACGGUGAUGCUGCGAUGAGAUGAUACUGUGCUGACCCAGCAGUGUUUAAGCAAUCUGCGAGUCAUCACACAGUCUAUUUUACUGUGAGUAAUGUAAGAGUCAAAUUACAGCGGCAUCAUGCGUAAGAAAACCAAGGGUGCACCAGACUUUAUAGACCGAGAACUGGUAGCAGAUUUUUUGAAUGAGAUACAACCGAUUCAUACCCAAAUGAGAUAGAUAAUGGAAUGUCGAUUUAUAGCAAAGCAAGAAUGAGUUAUCGUAGAUCAUAAUGGGAAUUUCCCUUAGUAAUAUCUAAAAAAAAAAAAACAAACGCCUAUUACAUUAACCCUAAGAAAAA